AUGUCCCGGAAGAAGUUCUCCCGGUGGUGUCUCUACUUUCACCACUACUGUCUGCUAUUCCUGGGCCAGUACCCGUUCUGUUACGAUCGAGCCCGGCGUCGGUUCCGCACCAGCUAUCCUCUGCUGGUGGUUACAAUCUCGCUUAAACUGGUGACGGUGAUUCUUGGGCCGUUUGCUUCGUUACGGUAUCUAGAGAGCGUUCGCUCGAUGCCUGUUUCGAUUCUUCCGGUGGCGUUGAACUUCAUAUCGGACGAAAUUUACUGGUACCGGGAGGUGGCUCUGCUGGUGCUGUUUCUCACCAAUUCGUCGGGAUUCCGUGAUACCUUGAACAACAGCAUCGCUCUGGAACAACAACUGACGAAACACUUUGAUGUUCCACGUGGCACUAACCGGUUGUACGAAGCUUUGGUGGUUCUGAAACUUGCCGUUGCUUCCAGCUGUGUUGUGUCCUUUUGCUCAGCAUCAGUCGGUGGAGUUCUGGAAAAUGCAUACACCAUAUUGAGCAUUACCCUCUUUUUGAAAGGAUUUUUCUUCGCGGAUCAGUUCGUCAUAUGUUUGGAAAUGAUUUGCGCCAACUUGGAGCUGCUGUCGAGCAGUUUGAGACAGCUCACGACGGAACUCGCACACGUGUUUGCCGGAUAUGACGAGUUGCGGUGCUGCGAGAACCUGAACCGAGUGGCGAUUGCACACUCCAAGAUCUACCGGCAGUUCAACAGCAUCUCGCAGCUCUUUGCGGCGCCAAUGUUGUUGUGGUUGCUGUUGCUCUAUAAUGGAGUUAUCCUUGUGGUAUUCCUGGAGCUUACCUAUGCGUACUUGAUGCUGAACGAUCUCGGGGAAGUAGUUCCCAACAAGCUGAUCGUGGUCACAAUGUUUGUCCUGUUUUGCGCUGAUAUUUGGCUUUUAGUCCGCAUCAGCACCUGUAUCAGAGAAAAAGUAUGA